GUAAAAAUUUUUGCGCAUAGAGAUUGGGGACGGUGGCACAACAAGAGAUACACCAAUUAGUUUCCGUAGUGGUGUGGCUGGAGAGAGGGUCGCGUGAAAUAAAUAUCGAAUUUGUACAACGAUGAUUACAAUAAUUAUCAGGUAGCAAGUGAUAUAUUCCGCGAGGAAUUAUUGAAUAAAAGAUCGGUGAAAGAAAAAAGAAAAGAAAAAGAAGAUGUCACGCGUGAAAGGCACAGAUAGGCUAGGAAAUGGCAACAAGAGCGAACCGAGCAUUUGGAUACGGGCGAUCACAGCAAAUUCCGAGUGGACAGAUAAGGAAGAAUUUCUUGAUGUAAUUUAUUGGGCUAGGCAAGUAAUUGGAAUAAUUGUUGGAAUUGCAUGGGGCCUAAUACCUCUAAAAGGUUUUCUUGGACUAUUAUUGUUUGUUUUAGUAAAUGCUGGUAGUUUAUAUUUAUACUUUAGUAGUUUUCAACAAGUAGAUGAAGAAGAAUUUGGAGGUGCAUGGGAACUGACUAAAGAAGGAUUUAUGACUUCGUUUGCUGGAUUUUUGGUAACAUGGAUUAUUAUAUACUCUGGCUUACAUUAUGAUUAAUAAGUACUUCCGCAUUAAACAGCUGUAAAAGUGUAUAAAAGGAGGAAAUGAAUUGUGUGUGUAUUGAAUAUCGUGGGACAUUCCUUUGCAAAAAAUAUUUAUGA